UCCGCCGCGCCCGCCCGCGCGCCCUGCCGCAGCCGCACACAUGCCGCACCGCCCGCUCUAACCCUCUGUUAUGGACAAGCGCGCCGCCAGCGGCCGGGGCGAGCCCAUCCCGAGCAUCCUCAAGAAGCCCAAGAGCCGGCGUAAGGGCGACCUCCUCGACAAGCGGUCCAAGAUCAAGCGCGAGAAGGUGGAGGGCUCCCGGGGCGAGGAUGUGAGCGCGCCGCUGCCGCAGGGCUGCACGCCGCUCAUGUACGCCUGCCAGCAGGCCGACUACAAGGCCGUCGUCGACAUACUCAACAAGGAUCCGUCAUCAGUCCGCGUGCGUGACCGCGGCUUGCGCUGCGCGCUGCACUACUGCGCGUCGAGCGGCGCGGGCGCGAGCCAGGCGGCCCGCGCGGCGUGCGCGGACCGCGUGGUCAUGGCGGCGCCGGCGCUGGCGGGCGCGCGGGACGCCGACGGGCUCACGCCGCUGCACCUGGCCGUGGUGCACGGGAACGUGCCGCUCGUGCAGACAUUGCUGGCCGCCGGCGCCGACGUCAACGCCAGGGAUGACGAACACCACACUGUUGUGCAUUGGGCUACUGUGUGCGGCGAGGUGGGCGCGCUACGGGCCGUGCUGGCAGCGGGGGCGGAGGCCGCCACGCCCGACCAGCACGGCGGGUACCCGCUGCACUACGCCGCGCAGAUGUGCGGAGCGCCCGCCGCCACUGACCACCAGUCUCGAGGAGCUGCACUAGAAGUCAUGCGAGCACUGAUCAAGGAGGGUGCAGCGCAAGUCGACGUGCGCGACGCGGACGGGCGCACGCCGCUGCUGUGGGCCGCGUCGGCGGGGUCGGCGGCUGCCGUGCUGGCGCUGCACCAGGCCGGCGCCAGAGUCGACGACGCGGAUAGAGACGGCCUUACAGCAUUACACUGCGCCGCGGCUCGAGGCCACACUGAAGCCCUAGAGACACUGGUAGGUCUGUGUGGGGCUCGCGUGGACGUGGCGGAUUCUCACGGUUGUACUCCGCUCCACUACGCAGCAGCUUUGGGUCACGCUGACGCUACAUCUGCGUUACUGCAGCACGGAGCUGACUCUCAUCGCCAGGACAGACGUGGACGCAGCCCAGCACAUACCGCUGCCGCCAAAGGACAAAUCGAAACCGUGCGAAUACUUGGUGCCAGAGGAGCAAAUUUAUGGCUUCGUAAUUCCAAGGGUGAUUUGCCACUACACGAAGCUGUAGCAUCAGGGAGGCGGGAAUUAGUGAAAUGGCUCCUAGAUGGCAGACCUUCGCAAGUGAAUGCAACUAAUCACGAAGGCAGAACACCAUUGCAUAUUGCUGCAGCAACUGACAAUGCAGACUUAUGUCGAUUAUUACUAGAUCGUGGUGCAGAAGUUAAUCCCGUAGCGAGGUCAUCGAAGAAUGAACCACUCACGCCUUUAGAUUGUGCAACAAGCCGUGGCCAUAGGUCGACAGCAAAAUAUCUUCAAAUGCACGGCGGUCUCCCAGCUUCAAAGUUAGCGAACACUCAAAUCGUAAUCGACGGCGCUCCAAUAACAGCUUUGCCAACACGAAGAGUCACCAGCACUAAAAUUGACGUACGAGAUAGAAUAAGAAUAGAAAAACGUGAAGUUGUAGAACUGUCAAGUCCCGUCCCAGAGCGACGACGUAUUAAAGACAGGCAUGAAAGUAUUUCUAGUAGCUCGUCUUCCAUUGACAGAAAAUCUAGGAAAAGAUCUGAAAACAGGUAUUCAGAUCGAUAUCACGACCGUAGAAAACGGCUGAUGGAACCACAGAAAAGUUUCAGUGAUGGCUAUGACAGUGAGCACGAAGUACAUAGCAGAGACCAUUCCUACGAUAGAAAACAUCGUAAAGGUUCUAAGAAAAGUAGAUCAAAAAGUGAACCGAGUGAAUGUAGACGAAGUAAGAGUAGCGCCAAGCAACAUCGACGUUAUCGCUCUGGAUCAGAAAGUUCAUCAGGCUCAGAAAGUUAUUCUGAGAAAAAGAAAAGUAAACGACACAGGAAACGAAGCAAAAGGAGGACUAGCUCAACCACGGAAAGCAGUAGCUCCGAAUCCAGUGAAAGACGCAGCACAAAGCGUAAAGGAAAGAAAACAUCUAUCCAUAUUGAAAACGACGAUGAGAAACAAAGUGUUAACAUUAUAAAAUACAAAGGUGCUGAAAAUGUACAAAGUGCUGGUGAAGGUAAACAAGACAACAUUGAAGAUGGAGCAGAUCCUACCGUCGCUCCUGUAAAAUCAGAAACUGAUAAAGAAGAUGGCCAGUUAGUUAAGAGCAAAACUCUUAGCGAAACAGAAACUGAUACGCUUUCGGUGAAAACAAACAUGAUCGUAACGGAAGCUCAAAUACAUAUGGAGCGUGCAUCUAGCCAACAAGGAAGUUCUGAAAUACAUGUCACUGUAGAUUCCUUAAAUAAUGUGUCUAUAGAAACAGCUAAUUUAUCUUUAACACAUAAAGACUUAAAUGAAGAAACUAAAUUAGAUUCACAAACAGCACAGAUCGCCGACGAUACUAAAGUAUUAGAGGGUACAAUAGAUACAACAGCUGCAGUGGAGUCUGACGUUCAGCCAAAAACACACGAAGCUGCCAAUGAAUCUACCUUAAAAGAGGAAAUACCUAUUACUGAUGUAAACAAAACAGAAACUAAAGAAGCGGAAUUAGUAAAAUCUGAAUCUACGACUGUAGACAGCACAGCAAAAGCGGGCGAAACAUUGGCAGAAUCUCAAAAACCGAGCAAAGAUACUGAAAGCGCUGGAGCAAGUCCUACUCCAACUGGAGAAGCAAAAACUGCUGAAUCAUCUUCUAACUCUACUUUGGAAAGACAUCGAAAAAGGUCAUUCCAAGUACUUUCCGGGCCGGAUGAACCGUCGGAUGGAAAGCAAGGUGACUUAGAGACUUUCGGUACAGGUGGCAGCGAGCAAAUAGAUCGAGAGAAAAGUACAUCUGUGUCUUUUGCGAAUAAAGAUGAAGUUUUUGAAAGUAAAGAUUCGGAUAAGUUAUCUGAUCAUCCGAUGGGCGAAGAAGUUCUACAUGGUGAAUUGGAAACUGAUGAUCAAAUUCAAAAUAAUUUACAAAAAGAUAGCAGUAGCAAUACAAUGAGUUCCGAAGAAAAAAGAAAAGAAUAUGCUUCGACUACUGGGAGUAGCAGCGAGUUAGCUGAGAAAGGUAUUGUAACAGUUAUUGACGGUGAAGUUACAUCUAGUGAUCGGGCUGUACAACAGGUUAUCAUGGAAAAUGUAACCGACGAUUACGAUAUUAAUUUACCACUGGCGCAAUCAUCACCAAAAUCUGUUAGGAAAACUUCUAAGGACAGUCAACUCGGCAGUAGAAAGAGCAGCAUAUAUGAAACCGAAAGCUAUAAAGUACUCUCUGACGUCGCUAGUGUACCUGAUGCGAGUAGCCCAGGGAUACUGAAAAAACGUUCUAAAUUAGUGGAAGGUGCUCUAGAGGAUGACAAAGAAGAGUCAUUUGUUGAUGAUAGAUUGGCGAAGGAUGGUAUAUAUGGCCGGAUUCCAAGUGUGAGCGACAACGAAUUAUAUAGUCAUUCCGAAGCUAAUGGGCGCCGAAAACGUUUUCGUAAAAAAGGUAGAGCUAAGAGUCGCUCAACGAUAAGAUCUAAAAGUGAGAAUUCUGAGCGUGGGUAUGAAUCUAGCGGGUUAAUGGAUUCUGGCUUCGAACCGAGUCCGAGAGCUAUUCAGCGCCGUAUUAUGAGUCCGCGACUUGCUGCUUACUAUCAACAAAGGAACGCCAGCGGAAGGCACUCCGGAAAAUUCGAUAGCCGAAUACCGGUGAGAAAACCAGGUGACAAACAUGCGGUAGAUAUGAAGUCUGUUACACAACGAAUUCAAACUAACAUGAGACGGUACUAUUGUGAAAGGAAAAUAUUUCAGCAUCUGUUAGAAUUAAAACGUUUGCAAAUAAGAACAAGUAAAACAAAUGAGGCAGUUCUUGUCAAGAGAGCAAUUGAGGAAUACAACAAGUCCAGUUUGGCGAGUGUUGGUUUGGGUCCCUACAACAAUCCCGACUUCUCUUUUAGCAGCUUCGAAAAAUUUCUGUAUGAAAGUCUAAGAAAAUUGCAGAAAAGUGGCAAGAAACAUCUGGACAACUUGCCUCUGAAACCGUUUGACUUUGAUUACGGAGAAAGCGAACUUUACAAAAUGAGCUCAAUACCGGACAAUCCUUGUCUUUGUACCAGCAAAACUCACCGAUGUUUCCACGCGGUACACGCGUACACUGGAAUACCAUGUUCGGCGUACAUACCAUUCAAAUUGGAUCAUCACACGAUGCCCAAACCCGCUACAGCGGGUCCCAGCACCAAGUCUAAAGGAUUUCUUCCGAAGAUAAACAACAAGCCACCGACUGGACCAGGGAAAGCCCACGUCACGCUGGAAGUGUCUCACGGAACGGAGCGACAACUAAUUGCACUGCCAGCAGAGAAAUUGGAUAAGAAUAAAAGAUAUUACGUCACUUUCACUGUAAAGGGGUCAGAGCCUCCUUCUGAUAAUGAUAACUCGUCGCCGACGAACGCUAAAAGCGUGCGAAGUGGCUAGUUCUGGAGCUUAGAUAUAUUUGAAAGUAAGAAAAAAAUAUAUAGGAGGCGUCAAUCACUGCCAGGUUAAUAUUUAUAAUUCCUAAAAAUUAAUUUAUUAAAUUAUGCACCACAGUAUUAAAUAAUUAAAAUAAAUAUUUAUUGUGAUCAGACUGAAACAAUCCGUCCAUUUCAGAUGAACGAAAGUAUAUUAACCAUAGAUUUAAUAUACUGAGUAUAAUAUAUUAAAUCUAUGAUAUUAACUAUAUUUUUUCUAUACGUAUAAAUCUAAAAUAUAGUAAAUGUUAUAUAUUUUAAAAUAUCAGAAUACAUAUUGAAUUUAUCUUCGAUAUUUUGUGUUGUACAACAAUGAUUGUGUAGUCUUCCCAUUGAAAUUUUAGCAAAAUAUUGCACUGAAAUUGUAAUGAUUAUUCCAUCUUAAAAUGAUAAAAGAUUUCAGCACAAAAAAAAAAUAGAAUACUCAAAGAAUACUGUAGAUUUUGUCAAUA